CGCACGUGGCGACGCACGUGGCGGAGGCUGGGGGAUGGGCCCGCUGGGGGCGCUGUCGGCGCGCGCUCCUGGAUGCUGGACGGCUGUUGCCUGCCCAGGAGCAACCCGCGGGUGCCACGUUGCGGGCGCCACGUUGCGGGCGCGGGGAGGCCUCGGGCGGCUCUGGAGCCUCUUCCUUUACAGGCCCUUCAGACUCCCUGCUGCUUGCCUCACCCGUUAUCCCUUGCCCCAGGUGGUUGUGGCUUGCCUUUCGAUGCUUUCAACAAAGUGCCCAGGAGGCCGCUUCAGCCCUGGGAAAGUUCCAAGUGAGAGAAAACAGAGGAAGUCCAGUGGUUUGCAGAUGGCCAGGCCUGAGGAGACUCUGCCAGCCCUUCCUCAGGACGAAGGCGGCCAGGAAGAUGAAGGGACGCCCAUCCUGUUGCCCAGCCUGAAGGGCAGCUGCUUCGACCAUCCCCUGCACCAGGGGCUCCUCCAUGCCACUCGGCGCUGCAGCAGUCCUACCUCAGCUCUAACGCCUAAGGUGUCAAAGAAGCCCAAGGUGCAUGCAGCCAGGGACAUGUUCCCCAUUGACUGGAGCCCGCCACCUGUAGAGUUCCUGAACCUGAGGGUACCACUAGCAGGCAGAGAAACCCCAGGCCCGAGGUGGGUUGAUGCAGUGGAGCCUCACGGCCUGAGGACAUGGGCCCACCAGCUGCCUGACAAGUUAGAGCAGGAGCCCCAGGACUCGGACCCCCAGGGGAAUCUGGCCUCACUGGAGGAGCCGUUCUGGAACAUGGCAGGCCCGAGCCAAAAGGCUGAAGUGAUGGACACCCACACCUUGUUCACCUCUGGGGCCUCAGAGAGCUAUGUCAAUAGCUUAGACUACUUACUGCAGGAGAAGCGGGACCAGGCCCUGGAGCAGGAGCGAGAGCAGCUGCUUCUGCAGGACCGUCCCCAACUCAGCUUCCUGGAUCUGGAUGAAGAUGAUGUGCCUCUCACACCUGAGCACAGGAUGCUGGUGGAGAAGUUCUCCGUGUCACCGCAGGUCAUCCCGCUGGUGCACCCUGGGGAGAUGGUGUUUCUACCCAGGCAUCAGCCCCUGCCCUGCAUCCUGGACCAUUCACAGCUCAAGCCACGGAGCCACCUGGAAGAACGGUUCCUCAGCUGCCCGCCCGCCCAGCAGCUCUCCUUCCUGCGCAUGGGCCUCCUGAGCAACCUCUACUUGCACACCCCGGACUGCCCAGUGGCCUUGCUCCGGUGGCUCUUCCAGCUGUUGACAUGGCCUCCAGAAACUUCUUCGGGAGCCUUCAAUCUCCUUUGGGAUCUCAGCGUGGAUGGGCUCUUCCAUCUGUCUGAUGGAGACAAGCUAUGGUGGUGCCCCUCGCUGCAAGAGGUCAUGGAAACAUUCCACAGCUUGGGAGCCCGCAGCCCUGCGCUGGACCCCAGUCAGCCUGGUGAGAGAGUGCUUAAAAACGACAUCAACCUGAGCUGGAGUCAGCAGCAGGACAACCCCCCAGAGACUGCCUUGGACCUUAGCCUGAGCUACAUCUGUAAGUUCCUGGCACUGUGUGCCCUAGCCCAGCCAACGGCCUACACUGAUGGGGAGCUCUUGGGCCUGAUUGAGCUCCUGUGCCGAGCUGGCCUAGAUGUGGGCCUCCGCCUGCUACCCAAGACCGAUCUUCAGCAGCUUCUGCUUCUGCUCCUGGAGAACAUCCAUGAGUGGCCCGGGCAGCUCCAGCCGCUGUGCUGUACCCUGAGCAAGGUGUCAGAUCACCACCACAACCUGCUGGCCCUCGUGCAGUUCUUCAUGGAUGUGACCUCUCGGAGCAGGCAGCUUCGAAGCCAGCUCAGCCUCCUGGUCAUUGCCCAGAUGCUGGACCAGCAAGAGACGCUUCCUCUCUGGCAAGAGAAGGCCCAGUGGGCUUGGCCUGGCUUUUGCCCCCGCUGCCCUCUUUGCCGUAAAUACUUUCUCGAAGGACUUAGCCCAGCUGGAGCUUCUUGUCAUUCCCGUUCCUGCUGAAAUGUCACCUCCAUUCAGAGGCCUUUCCUAACCACCCAAGCCAAAGUCCCCGGCACAUCACCCUGUAUUAAAUGGUUUACCUCCUGACAUUUUCUUAUUUAUUGGGUCAGGGUCUGUGUACACACACACACACACACCGGCUGCAGCUCCCUGAGUGCAGGGACAAAAUCCUUCCUAUUCAUCACUGCCCGUCUGCACCUAGCACAGUGCCUGACAUACAGGGACUCCACGUGUCCUUGUGGAGUGAAUGAGCCUGAGGUUGAGCCCCUGGAGUGUGCGAGAGGAAGUUCGCUCUUCCCUGGGGAGAGGUGGGGGAGGGAGACAUAGCAGGCAGACAAGACCGCCUGGUCCCAGAGGGCUCUGGGGGUCAGUGAGACCCAAGGAGAACAGAGCACGGGGUCAGAGCGAGGGGAAAGGCCAGAACGUCGCUAUCAGGAAAGGCAGGGCCAGCUGCAGGUGGAGGGUCGGGACGGCUGCCCCGCUGCAGUGUUUGGCGGCCACCAGAGAGGGGCUCAAGCAUCAGGGCCUGGGAGCUCCCAGCUUCUGGGGCCCAGCCCUACCUAGCUCCAGGGCUCUCCAGCCAUACUAGUCACCCGCAUGCCCACCGCACCCAUCUAUUCAGGAGAGCCCAACUAAGCAUCGCCUGUGUGCCCGGCUCAAUGCCAGGCUCUGCAUCCAGGACCAGGCCUCCGAAGACAGGGUGUGAGCAAGGUGGGCUGAGGUUGCAGUGACUAACACUGCCCGAGGGCAGUGAAGUGGCUUCCAGAGAAGGUGUCCUGAGCCAGGUCUAGGAGGCUGAGUCAGUGCCUGUGUUGCCCAGAGGAGAGUCUGCUGGGGGCCGGUGCGCGCCGUGCAUGGCUGCAGCAGCCUCCUGGGGCUCUGGGAGAAGAAGGACCAGCCGGGGCCUGCCUGCGGCCCUCCCUGUGUGCUUCCCCCAUCUCCACUGCGGGCUUGGGGCUACUGCCAGCACAUCCCAGGUCUCUGGGCUGUAGGCAGUCCCCUUUCCAGUCUGGCCUGUCAGAUGGAUAUUCGCCUUCUGAGGGCCACCACUGUGGCCCCAAUAGCCACCCACGUGAAAGCCCACAACGCCCCCUCUCCCAGCUUCUCUAUGUGGCCUGCCCUGCCCACGCCACUGCUCUUCCCAGUCCUUGUUGUGGGCCAGCCCUGCUCUCCCUGCGCACAGCUCUGUGCCCUGACCUCCCUGUUUGUAUCACAUCCCAACCGAAGUGGUGGGAGCUAACAUUCUGCUUAGCAUGGGCUGUGUGUCGGGGCUGUUCUCAGAGCUUACCUCUCAUAGCAGUCCCCAGCAGUGAGGACUGUUACCAUCAGACAUUUUUCACAGAUGGGGAAGCUGAGGCAGGCGCUGUUAGGAAACUUCUCAGGGUCAUACGGCAGGAAAGCCGUGGAGCUAGGAUUCAACUGCAGGGUCCUUGCCCUUGACCCCUGCAAAUGGCGUCUCUGCUCCUUCAGCCCCUUCCUCUGCUCUCACUAUGGAGAGCCCAGACCAUGCCCCACUUCCUGCUGAAGGUGCCCUGCUAGUCCCUUAAGCUUUAUUCCAAAGUGGAGGCUAGAAGGACAGGGGCUGCGGUUUCUACUUCCUUCAUUGAUGUGUAAAUACUUGAUAAACCUUAUCAAUUGAUUGACUAUGAAGGGGACCCCAGGGAUUGAGAAUUGACUUGUCUAGGAGAGGUUCUGGGGUGAGUGCCUGCGCAGAGGCCUCUCAGGACACUGCUGGGCAGGAGGAGUCCCUGACCCUUGGAUGGCUUGGCUCUGUCUCAGGCUGAAGUCAGAGGCCCUACCAGCAAGAGCUAAAGAACUAGAAUUUAAGGAAUGAGACUUCUGUAGGUGGUCAGGAUACAAGCCCCUCCCCACAAGGCCCGCAUUUUCCAGGAAAGCCUUGGGUCAGGCCGCUUGCUGUUGUCCUUGGGAAUCCUGGCAAUAUCCCAGAAACAGCAGGGUUUUAGCUUCAUGCACCAAUGUGCUCUAGAUCCUACUCAGAGCACUGAAGAUACAGUUCUGAACAGAAAUUAGUCCCUGCCUUGUGAAAUUCAGUCUAGGGGCAGACGGACAGACAAAGGCGCCAAGAAAAAAGUAAAUGUUUGCCAUACCAGAUGAUGAUAAGGGCUCUGGAGCAAAAUAAAGCCAGAUAAAGAGGAGAGGGAAUGUUGGGAGAUGGGGACAUUUGUGCACAGAACUAAAAAAGUCAGGCAGGUUUCUCAGGAGAAUAGCAAGUGGGCAGAUAGAGUUCUUUUAGGUUGGAGGAAAAACAGAAGCCACUGUGGCUGGAGCAGAAGACUGAGGAUGGAGUAGUAGAAGUUGAGGUCAGACAAGUAAGUGGGGACUCAAUCCACCAGCAUCUCUGGGUCAUGAUAGUGG